AUGGCGGACCUCACCAAGAGCGAUGUUUCGCGUCCAUCCGCACUCCCCACCGCACGGCUUCUCCAACGGCCCACACAGCCCCUCAUCGACCAAGACUCGAAUGAGUAUCUUGACAAUGUAGAAGAGGAGUGGAACAAGCGCGUCGACGUCGAGAUCGAGACUCUCGUCGACAGCAUGGUCGACAUCGUCUCCCUGGCCGCGAUGGGCGACAAGGACAAGUUCCGCAUCGCCGAGGAAGCUUUCCAGGCGCAAUGUCGCGCUGAGUCCAUGAUUCGCGCCGCGAACUCGCUCAUGUCGACCACCCACUCCAUGAAGCUCCUCCUCCUCCUUUCCGAUGAGGCCCAGAUCGCCAAGCGGCGCGACGCUGAGCUGCGGAGCGUGCAGGCAGAGAAGACGGAUGCGCAGAAGAAGGUCGCCGCGUUGCUCGACGAGCUGCUCCUCGCGAGCAAGAGCUCGGGGUCGGGGUCGACGCUGUAG